GCCGUCAGUGUGGUAUUUCGGACACGAGAUUCGGAUACUGUGUCGGUACAUAAUUUUUUAAUGUAGUGACAGAAAAAGCGGAGAAUACGCGUCUGAAAAGGAUCAAAUGGAUACGGAAUCUCCAGAACGCGAGUACGUGAUGACGCAAUGCAGCGUGCGCGCGACCGGUAGAGAGAGCGCGCCAAACGUGCACGUGCGCGACGUCUUCGCAUCCUUUUCCUACAGCUAAGUGUUUCAAAUUAGCGAUGGUUUCAGAGGCGGUGGCUAUUCGCAAAUUCGUCUCACGAGAGCUGCAGAGGUGCUCAGACCUCAGUACUUUGACACUUGGCAAAUUACGAAAGAAGUAUCUGGAGCAUGUGGGCAGGGACUCACUCACUGCAGAACACAGACUGUUACUCAAGCAAAUCGUAGAAGAGGAACUUUUAAAAAUGCAGGACAACAGCAGUGACGAUGAACCUUUAAUAAAGCACGUGGAUCCAACACAGAAUCAAAAUAAACGGAGACGGGAAGACGACGACGACGACGACGAAGAGGCACGAAACAAAGAUGAUGUGUCUAGAAAGAAGAAAUCACGUUUUGCACCAGAUCCCCCAGAUUCCCCAGACUCUGGAAUAGAGAAAGUAGCAAAUGAGGAACAGCUUCAAGAAGGAGACGAAGAUGGAAGUGAUAAGGACAUGGAAGAAGAGAGUGAAGAAGAACAGAAUACAACGUUUCAAGGGAAGAAGACAAAAGAACAGCAUAAUGUCAAAAGCAAUAGGAAGGGGGAAAUGAGCUCAGAAAGUGAUGAAGAGGAGGAGGAGCAGGAGAAGGGGAAAAAUAAGGGGAAGGCUUUAGAUCGUGAGGAAGAUGAUCGCAUCAGUUCCAGCAGUUCAGAUGAAGACAAAGAAAAUCAGCAUGCAAAAGCCAGAGGUGGAAAGACGAGGCAAAGCACGAGCUCUGACAACGAGGAGGAGGUGAGCGAUGAAGAGAGAAAAGAUGAAGACAAAGAAAAUCAAAAGAAAGCAAUAGCUAGCGGUGGAAAGAAAAAGCAAAGUGUGAGUUCGGACAGCUUGGAGGAGGUGAGUGGUGAAGAGAUGAAAAACAAGGCUGAGAAAAAGGUUGUUGGAAAAAAGGGCAAAGCAGACGCUCAGAAGAAGAGAACAAGAAAAGAGGACAACAAGGCGCCAAAGUCACUGGAGAGUGAGGCGGUGAGAAAAGUGCAGAAGGAAGUCUUUGGGAGUAGCUCCGAAAGUGAAGAAGACGAGGCGAGGAAAAUGGAAAGGAACGGAACAAGUGAGAGCAGUGAUGAUGCGAGUGAUAAGGAAACGAACAAGAAGGAAGAUGUUGAAGUGUCCUCUGAUGAAGAAGUGAAAGAAACGGCGAAAGCAAAGGAUAAAGACCGGGAACAGGCACAGGAUACAGACUCUUCCUCUUCUUUGCCCUCUCUAGAUGAGGAUGAAGAAGCUGGGGGGAAGAAGCCAAAACAGGAAGAAGAGACCAAAAAAAAGAGUGCCUCAAAGAAAACGAGUAGUAAAAUGAGUGAGAGCAAAGCCAAAGGAGGAAAGGAUGAUGAGAAUAAAGCCGUGACCAGACUUAAGCGCUACAUUGCCCUUUGUGGUGUACGUCGUAACUACAAGAAGCUGUUCGAGGGCUGCCACUCAGUGAAAGCCAAAGUGUCUGUGCUGAAGAAAGAACUGGAAGAGCUGGGGGUGGAAGGUAAGCCGUCCAUAGAGAAGUGUAAGAAGGCUAGAAUGAAGAGAGAGGAAGCUCAGGAGCUGGCAGAACUGGAUGUCAGCAACAUAAUCACCACUCAGGGUCGUCCUAAACGGCGAGCUGCAGCACCAUGGGCGAAACCUCAGAGCAGCUCACCUCUAUCAUCCUUCAAACAUUUGGUGAGCUCUGAUUCAGACAGUGAGGAGGGCAACGCGGACAGGGGGCGCAAGAGAGCAACAGACUGGAGCAACCUGCGGGGGAUCAUCAGCGAUGAGACAGACAGCAACUAGUCAGCUUUCUCACUAUAGACUGUAGACAAAAUGUUCAUAAUGUAUUCUGUUCAAGCUCUUUAGUCUGUUCUUUUUUGUUACUGUGUUGUGCUGCAAUACUUUUAUAUAUUAAUGUUCCUUUAUGCAAUUUGAAAUAAUAAAGAAUAGUCAUUUGUA